AUGUCUGAUGCCAUACGAGCGGAUGAACUGGAACGAACCAGUAGGUUAUCACAACAAAAUAAAUACUCAAUAUGGUUCAUUUCCCAGCAAAUGGUGAGUACGCUACCUGUAACAAUGAGAAAGGGAGACGAAAACCCAGUGGUCUCCGUGGAGAUGCUCUAUAGAACUGGCAUUCCAGGUGCCAUUCCAGGGGUACUUCGCGAUUAUGAUAUUAAUACAGUCUUCUUAAGUGAUCACACCUUUCAGCUACUUUUUGUGAGGGCCAAGGGACCCACAAACUACCUCUGCCAAAUUCCCUGCGCAGAAUUUUGA